GUUCCAGAAUCAAUAGAUUCAACAAUGAAAAAAGGCGAUACGGAUGAAGAAUGUUCAAUACCACAAGUUAAUUUAACCGUGCCUAAAACAGACGAUCCAAACAUGCCUGUUUUAACGUUUAGAAUGUGGGUUCUUGGUUUAGGUGCAUGUAUUUUGUUGUCAUUUGUUAAUCAGUUCAUGUGGUAUAGACAAAAUCCCAUGAUUAUUACGUCGAUUUCGGCCCAGAUUGCUGUUGUUCCUCUAGGACAUCUUAUGGCUAAGACAAUCACAAAGAGGGUGUUCUUUCAAGGUACUAGGUUACAGUUUACGUUAAACCCUGGUCCUUUUAAUGUUAAAGAACAUGUUUUGAUCACUAUUUUCGCUAUCGGUGCCGGAAGUGUUUACGCCACCCAUAUAUUGAGUGCUGUUAAGCUUUUUUAUAAGAGGAAGCUCACCCUUCUUCCUGCUGUUCUUGUUAUGCUCACCACUCAGCUAUUGGGUUUUGGAUGGGCUGGUCUAUUCCGGAAGUAUCUCGUCGAGCCAGCAGAGAUGUGGUGGCCUAGCAAUCUGGUUCAAGUCUCAAUAUUCAGGGCUCUACAUGAGAAGGAAACAAGGGCGAAAGGAGGCAUGUCCCGAACACAGGCCUUCCUCAUUAUUCUAUGUUGUGCUGCUGCUUAUUGUGUGCUACCCACUUACCUGUUCAUUAUGACCACUAGUUUUUCUUGGCUCUGUUGGAUUGCUCCUAAAUCUGUUCUGGUAAAUCAGUUGGGUUCGGGAACUCAGGCCCUUGGAAUUGGCUCAUUUGCUGUAGAUUGGACUACGAUUUCCUCGUACCUAGGGAGUCCUCUGGCUAGCCCUUGGUUUGCUACUGCCAAUGUAGCUGCAGGAUUUAUUAUCAUGAUGUAUGCGAUAAUACCAUUUUGUUAUUGGUUUGACGUGCUCAAGGCAAAGAACUUCCCUAGAUUUUCCAGUCUUUUCAUGGUUAAUGGAACCAAGUAUGAUAUCAAAAGCAUCGUUUCCCCACAUUUUACAUUGGAUAAGGCUGCGUAUGCCACAAAUGGUCCUCUAUAUCUUAGCACUUUCUUUGCUGUGACGUAUGGCCUUGGGUUUGCCGCACUUUCUGCAACCAUUGUCCAUGUCCUAAUCUUCAAUGGAAGAGAGAUAUGGGGACAAGUCAAGGGAGCUUUCGGAGCAUCAAAGAAGGUGGACAUACACACGAAGCUGAUGAAGGUCUAUGGACAAGUACCAAAUUGGUGGUUUCAUGUCCUUUUAGUUCUUAACCUUGCUUUGACCCUGUUUACUUGCGAAUACUACAAGGAGUCACUCCAAUUGCCAUGGUGGGGUGUCUUGCUUGCUUCUGCGCUUGCUUUCUUCUUCACCCUCCCUGUAGGCAUUAUUCAAGCCACAACAAAUCAGCAACCAGGUUUGAAUAUCAUCACAGAAUACAUUAUUGGAUACUUGUAUCCAGGGAGACCUGUUGCUAAUAUGUUGUUCAAGGUGUAUGGCUACAUUAGUAUGAGUCAAGCCCUUUUCUUUAUUGGGGACUUCAAGCUCGGUCAUUACAUGAAGAUUCCACCUAAAGCUAUGUUUAUGGCUCAGAUUGUGGGAGGAUUAGUAUCAGUAGCAGUCUACACCGGAACAGCAUGGUGGAUGAUGGAGUCAAUCCCUCACAUCUGUGACCCGUCACAAUUGCCACCUGACAGUCCAUGGACCUGCUCCUUUGACAGGACCUUCUUUUCUGCUUCGGUGAUAUGGGGACUGGUGGGUCCGCGUAGGAUCUUUGGAGACCUUGGGUGCUACUCGCACAUGAAUUGGUUCUUCCUAGCAGGAGCCUUGGCACCUUGCCUAGUUUGGCUUGCUCUGAAGGCAUUCCCGAAGCAAAAGUGGAUAGGACUCAUUAAUAUGCCUGUUAUUUUGGGUGCAACCAUGAUGAUGCCACCUGCUAGCGCGGUUAACUUCACUAGCUGGAUCAUUGUUGGCUUCCUUUCAGGGUAUGUUGUUUUCAGGUAUCGCCCAAAGAUGUGGGAACGCUACAAUUACAUCCUUUCAGGAGGUCUUGAUGCAGGAACAACUUUUAUGACGAUUCUUCUCUUCUUUAGCUUGCAAUAUGUUAGCAAUAUUAGCCUUGACUGGUGGGGGAACCGUUCAGAUGAUAUGAUAUGCCCGUUGGCUCAAUGCCCUACGGCUAAAGGGAUUGUAGUGGAUGGUUGCCCCGUCUUUUAGGCAUUCAAGUUAUUCUAUCUAUUUAAUUCUUAGAUUCUUUCCAAAGAUAUUGAUGUUGUGCGUUUUUUUUAUUAGAUUUUUUUUUAAGUGUAAAUAGAUUUCUCCAAAGGGGGUUAGUGAUAUGAUUUAAAGGCUCCAAGAAGCCAAAUGAAGGGAAGUAUAUGGACUACAAGGGAAUUAUAAUUACUAGAACUCUAGAAGUUGGAUUUAAUGAUUAUUAAUGAAAUGUACAUGUUUAAUUUCA